AUGGCGACCAGAAUCGUUCAUUUUUCAACGCUUUCUCACUUUUGCAAAAGUGUUUCGAAUCCUUUUGGUCGAUUUUUUGCUAAGAAAAAGUUUACAUCUACGUCUGUUUGUCCUGAAAUCGACAUUCAGUUUUGUCGAUCACUAUAUUCGUGUAAACAUUUGCGGAAAAAGCCGUAUUUAGGUUGGAGAGGCAUUAGGUUGAAGUUUAAAUGGGUGCGUUCAUUAGCGGGUGUUUCCAAUUAUGGGCCGAAAACGGCCAAUCGCUUUUACUCGAGGGGUAGGAAAACAAGCAAGGAUACCAAGGUGGCAAAAAAGCUAGAAAGUGCAAGCGAAAAUGAUGAUUUAGAUGAAGAUAUAGAAAUUUUGGAAAAACUUCGUGAUGAAGCAGGCUUAGAUCAUGGACAUAAUGUUCUGGUGGUACAGCCUGAUUUCAAGUGGGGUAGAAACCGUUUUCAUUUGGAGACAGUUGGACACAUGCUUGGAGAAGCUAUAAGUUUGGUGGAGUCUAUCAGCGGUUGGAGUGUUGUUGAAAGCCGAACGGAACCGAUCAGAAAGCCGGAUGGUCGUCACUUUUUUGGAAAAGGCAAAUUGGAGGAGUUGACGAAGCUCGUUAAGAAGUUGAAGGGUGCAUCCAUGUUGAGCGCAGUCUUUUUGGAUGUUGGUCGUCUCUCUAGAAGGCAGCAUUCUGAGCUGGAGGAAUUGUGGCAGGUCAAAGUAUUUGACCGGUUCAGUUUGGUUGUGCAGAUUUUUAAAGAGAGAGCAGUCUCAAGUGAAGCCAAAGUGCAAGUUGAGCUUGCUGAAUUAGGGUAUAUUAGGUCUCGACUGAUACAGGAUGAUCUUAAUAGCUAUGACCAACAGCGUGGGGGCUCCCACAGCAUUGGGGGUGGGGGAGAGACACACUUGGAGGUUGCUAGGAGAAUGUUGAUGUUGAGGCAGCAAAAACUGAAAAAAAAAUUGGAAGCCAUUAAGAAACAGCGGAGUUUAAUAAGGCAUGACAGAGCAAAAAGAAAAGUGCCAAUUGUUUCUGUUGUUGGAUACACAAAUGCAGGCAAGACGACCCUUAUCAAAGCUUUGACACACGACUCUGAGAUGCGCCCAGAAGACAAGUUAUUCGCCACACUUGAUGUGACAGCACAUCGCGGCAAGCUGCCUUGUGGCAUGAACGCUCUUUUUAUUGACACCGUCGGUUUUAUAUCAGAUUUACCACAUGAGCUAGUCGAGUCUUUCUCAGCGACAUUGGAGGAUAUCGUACACUCGGAUUUGCUUAUCCAUCUUCGAGACUGUAGUCACCCCGAGUUCGAGGCACAGAAAGUGCAUGUCCUGGACGUUCUGAAGAUGCUUCGACUUCCUAAAUAUCUGAUGGAAAAUAUUAUCGAAGUGCAUAACAAAGUUGAUCUCAGAGAAUCUAUCUCGGAUGCCAGUGGAACGAGCGAAGAAUGUUUUGAAGUUUCAGCAUUGCAUGAAACUGGUCUGAAUGCUUUGUGGCUGGCUGUUGAGGAAGCUUUGUUUAGGACCACUGGACGGCAAAGAAAGACGAUUGUUAUCCCACAUGAUGGACCACAGUUGAGUUGGUUACACCACGAGACCACAGUCUGCGAGACGGAGACAAUUCAGGACGAUAGGCUAAAGGUGGAAGUAAUCAUGGACGAAGCAGCUCUUGGGAAAUACAACUCGAAAUUUGGAAAAAUUGAUUAAUGAAUGCACC